AUGAUUGCUUUCUUCUCGGUCAUCCUAGCUUUCAUGGCUCCGCAAGCGAACGCUGUCAUCAGCGGAGAGCUCAACUGCACCACCUACAACGGAACUGCGGUGAGAUUGAAGAAUAGUUGGACACCAACAUUCUCAAAAUGACGUUUGCUUCUUCAGUUUGUGUACACCCCGUCCGCCACCGCCUGCUCCAACGCCAUUUCCGAUUCUUCGUGUGCCGUUCUCUACCCGGCUCCAGACACUCUUUACCCAGCCCCUGGAAACGAUGCCGAGAGAGCCUAUGCCUGCUAUACGACGGCCACAGCCACCCCAGCCGCUGUGGUCCCAGACAUGAGGGCCGCCGCUCUCAAGAACUGCGCCAAGACCUGCGGAUUGUGCUGCAAGACUGAUGCCUACGAUUGUGCUAAUGUUGCCUGUAAGCAACUCUAACUCCUUACUUUUGUUCAUGUACCCAUAUUCUAUUCAGACCCCCGUCUCAAUUGUGCCACCAUCACCAACGCUCAGUGUAUGUCUUCCACGUGGCGCACAAUCAUCGCCACGGACUGCCCAUCCGCGUGUGGAUUCUGCAACCAGGGAGGAUGUGUGGACGGUGUCGUCGACUGUGCCAAUGAUCUGUCCGUCUGCAACAGCGUCGGCAUGCAGGACUUUGUGAACACCUACUGCCAGAGAACCUGCGGAAGAUGUCCGUCGACGACCGUUGCUGCUUCCAGCGGCUCCUCCUCCUCGUGCACCUCCUACAUCGCCGACUCGAGCACCGCUUGUACUUCCUGGGCCGCCAACGGUUUCUGUACCAACACCUUCUACACGACAACCCAACGCAAGGCCUAUUGUGCCUCCACUUGCAAACUCUGCUAG